AUGACUUGCGGGUCUCUAUCGUUUGUACUAAUUACCUUGGCGAUUUUCGCCUUGCUCGAAACUCUCGUGCAUGGAAACAACGUCGAAUUGCCCUUCGAUCACUCGUCCGAUCAGCGACAACGUUUACAAAAUGGCGAACAAGAAUUUCAAAGAAUUCGCUCGCGUGCCGACCACAGCGAGUGUUGGGAAGAAGCGAUUUCUCGGCUUCGGGUUGGCUGUAAACAUCUCACAGACGUCGAGCAAAGUCGACUCGCGAUUGCCUUCGCCAAUUGUCAUUUUGAGAAGUCUGGGCUAAGGAAAUAUCCGUGUAGCGAAAACGAUUCAAUCGAAGAGUGUACAAGAGACAUGGCCAAAAGCGUAUUGGCGUUCAACACUUAUACAGAAUUCUAUACACACACUUCGGAUAUUUGUUUUUACCUUCAGAGUAAAGUUUGGCAGCAGAAAACCGAGGAUACUAUCAACAAACUAUCAAGCACUUCAAACGUGGUCGCUAAUCAAUUAGAAGUUUCCUUGACCAAUCAACAAAAGGUCUUGGAAGGUCAAGAGAGUUCCCUGUCCAAUCAAGGAGAAAUUCUGAAGAACGAAGCCUACCUGAAAAGCGCUUUAAAAACAUCAGCAGAAAGUGCAAAGGAGGCAUUUUUGGAUAUGAAGAAAGCAACUGCCCAGCAGAAAGCUGUGCUGAUGGAGACCUUUGAUAGUCUGUUUAAGGGUGUCGAUAGAAUAACCAAACUUCAGUCCAUGCUUCUGGGAGAGUUCAUGACCCUACAUUCAUUAGGGUUUUACCUGGUGUCAAUCUUGGCAUGUUAUAUCAUAACCAGUGCCCCGAGGACAGCAGCCGCAAGAUUGUGGCUAUUCGGAGUUCUUUCAGCACAUAUUGUUAUUGAGAGGUUGAUUGUCAGAUGGAAUAUAACAGAUAAGGAAUCACAACAAUCUGGCACAACCACG